ACGUAAACGCGCGCAUCUGCCGAUCACGGCGGAUUGCUAAAAAAAAAAAAAAACAAACCGCGUUUUCCAAGAAAAAUUUUCAAUUUCAUCCGAAAGCGCGUGUGCCAAGAUGCGCGCAAGAUCUCUUCAAUGUCAUACGUGGAGAAUGCAGAAUCUCAAAAUGACGUUAGACGUGCGAGCGACGUAGUAGCGAACGAGGAUGCUAAUACCGUAGUAAAUACAAGAUUGAAAACUUCGACGGAUGAACAAGCCCAACCGUCUAUUUUGGACGAUGCGAUAUCUAAAUUUAAUCCGGAAGCGGAUAAAGAUAAAGAAUGUUCCGACACAAAAUUACAGGACAAAAAUGACGAAGAUGACAAGAAUGAUACGUCCGUUGGUUCGAGCGAUAUUUGCAGAAUCUGUCACAUGAGCGAAAACGCUCUGAUAGCGGAGAACAAUUCAUCGUGCGACUUGCAAAGUCGCGCGUCGUCAAACCUCGUGCAUCUCGGUCCCUUAAUUUCGGCUUGCAAGUGCCGUGGCACCGUAGGUCUGGUGCACACCGAGUGUCUCGAGAGAUGGUUAACCGAGUCCGGACGUGUGAGAUGCGAGCUUUGCGGUUUCCGAUACGCGACCAAGAGGGUACGGCGUUACAAUCUCUUUCGAAGCGUUUUAAUAUGGAUACAGGCCGUAAUGGCCAGUCGACAGAUGUUGCUCGACGUCGGAUAUCUGGCGAUGACCACACCCGUGGCCGCGUUUUCCUGCUACGUGUGCGCCCUGGCCUUGAAAAUUAUGCUGCAAAACGGCUUUUACGAGAUACCCUGGAUGAUAGUUGCUAUAUUGCCAACCUGCUUAUUGACGCUGAUAGCUUAUUGGCGCUGGAUAAUUACGUUAGGGAGAUUGCACGGUAAUCGAUGGCGACGCUAUUGGAGAAACAAUUUUGUGAUACGCCUGAUUCCCGAUAACGAGGAUAACACGGUCGAGCUGCGCCGGUGGAGCGAUCGCUUCAACACGCAGGACGAUUUCGAGCAAUGGAGAAUCGAGGAGAUCGAGGAGUUCGUGUGAUUUCGCGUUUCAAUUGCGGAUCUACGCGCGACCAGGGAACGUAGUUUGCAAUUCGCGCGAAGACCGUUUUCUAUCUUGAUUCGCGCGUCUCUCCCCGGAUUCGGAAUCUUUAUAAAACCGCGUAAAUAUUUAAUUGUUUCAAUUGGCACUGAACACUUCAAUUAAUGCUCAUUGACGCGUGACGAAGACGAUUAAGAGUUAAAUUUGCUUCGCGGAGGUAAAUUAAAGUGGCGCGGAUUGCGCUCAGUCCUGUGUGUAUUAGAAAAAUUUGCUGCUGUUAUUGAAAAUAUAUAAUAAAACAAAAAUAUAUAAAGAUUUAUAGAAAAUACAGAUUUUACUACAGAUUUUACUGCAGUGAAUAAUUUAAAAUAUUUAGUGCGACUGUAUAAAUAAAUUUUACGAUGUCCAUCA